AUGGCUUUCCGGCCUGCGCCUUCACCAGACGAUUCAUUCCCAACGGAGACGUCCAAACUUCAGGCUGAGACGGAGGACAUUCUGAUCAAGCACCUCCCAACAGGGUCAUCCAGCCCUCCCGUCUUGCAGCGCAAUAGUCAUUUGCAAUUCCUCGUCCGCAACCUCGUUCAAGGAUUCCCGGCUCCGUAUACAAGCCAAGAUGCAAGCCAACCCUGGCUGAUGUAUUGGACACUGCAAGGCUUCAGCACCCUUCAGGUCGCGCUCGAUCCGGCCAACAAGCAGAAAGUGAUCGACACGGUCAUGGCGUGGCAGCACCCCGACGGAGGCUUUGGAGGAGGUCCAGGUCAAGCCGCUCAUUUACUACCGACAUAUGCGGCUGUAUGCGCGCUUGCGAUCGCUGGACGUCCUGGGCCUGGAGGAGGGUGGGAUCAGAUCAACCGGAAGAAGAUGUACGAUUUCUUCAUGUCGCUGAAACAACCAGACGGAUCGUUCCUUGUCGCGCACCACGCAGAAGUCGAUGUCCGGGGGAUCUAUUGCCUUCUCGUGGUUGCCCAACUCCUCGAUCUCCUCACUCCCGAACUCGUUGCCGGCACCGCAUCCUUCGUCGCAUCGUGCCAGACGUACGAAGGCGGUUUCUCAUCGGCUUCGCAACCAUUCUACUCCAAUACCUCACCAUCCACACUUCUGCAAUCACCAAGACCUCCGCUCGGUGAGGCUCAUGGUGGGUAUACCUUCUGCGCACUAGCCGCAUGGACGAUGCUUCAACCCUUCUCGAAGUUGGCGCCAGAGCCGAAGCCAAAGGUGGACAUCAAGACGCUCGUGCGGUGGCUUACGCACAUGCAAGGCAGCGAAGCGGAGCUUGGCGGGUUCAAGGGAAGGACAAACAAAUUGGUGGACGGGUGCUACUCGUGGUGGGUAGGCGGCGCUUUCGGGCUGUUGGAAGCUUUGGGCGUUGGACAACCACACGAACAUCACAAACCUUCAGAAGAUGACGAUGAGCAAGAGAACUGGGACGACGUUGAUGAUUCUUUGUAUAAUCGGAAGGCAUUACAAGAAUACAUCUUGUACGCCGGCCAGCAUCCCGCAGGAGGAUUGCGGGACAAGCCUCCGAAGCAGUCUGACGCGUAUCAUACUCUCUCGUGCCUUGCUGGUUUGUCUUCGGCCCAGCAUCGGAUGGUUGUCUCUCAGGAACGGCGAGAGCAGCUGAUCAGCGCGUGGACGCCAUCUAGCGGAGCGAGCUCGUUGCCUGAUGGAAUUCGCAAGGCCGUGUUCUUGGACGCCCUCUCCUGGGCUGAAGAAGAAGGCGGUUCGAAAGUCGUCGGUGGUGGUGUCAAUCGCGUCAACGCAACGCAUCCCAUAUACAAUCUGACGAUGACCCAUACGGAAGGGAUCAUGUCACACUUCUACGCACAACAGAUUCCGCCACGGAUAAAGAAGGCUUAACGACGAUCUACGGUCCUUGAAGUCUUGAGGAUUGCCAGGCAAGCCCGGCUUUUUCCCCCAGUCAGCGUGACACAACGCCACUACGUCAUUGAAGAGAGCUACUCGAUCGCUGCUGUACUCGCGAGAAGUAUGUACCAGAUUGUAUAUCGUGUCCACUCUGUAGGCAGCAUUUACUUGCGAAUUCCUACUGGAGACCACGCUCCGCAUUCCUUCGAUAUUGCCAUCGGAUAUAUUCGCGUCGCGCUGUCUCAUUCUACAGCGUUACCUCUUGUGCACACAGAAAUCGUCUGUUGAUUCCAUCACUUACCUAUAGCUGGAGCACCGUUGUACUAACCCAUCGGGUGGCCCUC